AUGGCGCUGCAUGUGGUAGGAAUUGAGCAAAGACAAACAGCAAACAGACAACAAAGCACACAACAACAGCAACAGCACGACAACAACAGCAACGACAACAACAGCACGACAACGACAGCACACAACGACAACACAGCAACGACGACAACGCAAACAACACAGCACAGCAACGACAACACAGCAACGCAAACGACAACAACACAACAGCAACAGCAACGACAAAAAACAACACACGACAACAACAGCAACACAACGCAACACAACCAACGACAACAACAACAGCACGAACAACACAGACAACACCAACGACACACACACAGCAACGACAACACACAACGAAACAACACAAGCACGACAACAACAGCAACGCAACAACAAACAGCAACGAAACAACGACAACAACAGCAACGCAACACACAAAGCAACAGCACGACACAACGCAAAGACAACAACACAACACACGACAACAACAGCAACAGCAAUGCAACACCACGACAACACACAGCAACGACAACAACAGCAACGACAAACAGCACGCAACAGCAACAGCAACGACAACAACAGCAACGACAACAACAGCAACAACAGCAACGACAACAACAGCAACAGCAACGACAACAACAGCAACGACAACAACAGCAACAGCAACGACAACAACAGCAACGACAUCAACAUGCACAGCAACGAACACAUCACAGCACGACAACACAGCAACGCACACACACAGCACGCACAACAGCAACACACACAUCCAAACAAUAA